AUGACGUUCCCAAAUCGCACUAACUACGUGCCAGGCCAACAGCGGCGAGAUCAUAAGUGUGUUGCGACAUCUGCAAGCUCAACAAAGUGUAAGAAGCCACAAAAACGACAAGAUAAAGCCUCAGUCAGCUCAGAAAUUCUACAACAGGACUUAAAGUCGAUGCUAGCGGUGCUGUCGCCAAGUCAGUGUGAAUCUGAAGUGCCCCAGUCAAUACUUUCCAAAAAAGAUAGCUUGGUACGAAUGAAACAUGGCCGCAACCGGUUACUGGAUGAUCAGACCUUCCAGGCAAACGAAAAAUUCCAGGAUAUACUUAAGCUUGCAAGGUAUCCGGCGUCAUCGAUUCAGUCAAAUGCAAUUGAUCCACUCGUUGAGGUUGUCGAGCGCAUGCCACCUAACUCGCCAAGCGAGAGUAAGAAGAGCUUAAGUGAUGCAGAGACUAGCACAUCGCAGUACAUGGAGGCUGUGGCUCUCCAGAGCAUGGCUGAUGUGGCUGCGCAAGCAGAUGAUCCCAUCAUCAAGGCUCGUUACGAGCAAACAGCUCACCACUUGCAUGAGUGGGGCGAGAGGAGAAUGGCGCAGCAGGAACAGCAGCAGAAAGAGCUAAAACAACAACCGACAAACAGCGAGGCAGGAGCUAAUACUCUGCCUUCACUCACUUUGUCACUCUCACAAAUUUCUCCAUACGCUAUGGAGCUUGCAGCUCGAAAUAAUCUGCCCAAGAAACGCUCGAGUCUGUCUAAAUUAUCAAAAAAGUUGAUGCACGAUUGGUUUGAGCACAACCUGCACCAUCCGUACCCAACCGAGGAGGAGAAGGAGUCACUUGCACAGGAAGGAGGCAUUACGUUGGAGCAAGUGAACAACUGGUUUAUCAACACACGCGGUCGUAAAUGGAAGCCCAUGAUCAACAAACUCAUGGCCGAAAAGCAGGCAGGUAAUUGCUCGCUGUACGACAAGAUGGCUAAAAAGAUCGAGGAGCCAUAUCACAAAUUUUAG